AUGAGUUUGGACGCGGCAGUGAGCGUUUUAACGCGGGCUGUAGAGCUGGAUCAAUUCCAAAGCUAUUCAGAAGCCUUAGUUUGCUAUCAAGAAGGCCUUGCACUAUUGAUGAAUGUGCUGAAAGACACAAAAGAUGACUCUACAAGGGUGCUCUACCGUGAGAAAAUGGAGUCUUACAUUGCUCGCGCAGAAAAGCUGAAAACGUUAGUAAAAGAGCAGAAGGAAGCAGGAACUUUUCACGAAAAAAUCAACAUAAAGGACGGAGCAGUUGGAUAUAGUUACCGACGAGUGUUUGACAAAUAUUUGGAAGGAAACGUCACGGAAGUUGUUGUCGAAGAUCCGUACAUUCGAAACUUGCAUCAGAUAUACAACUUCCUUCGAUUUUGUGAGCUACUUGUUACUGUUGGCACAGUGCGAGACAUCAAACUUGUAACUGGUGAGUGAUAUACAAAAAAUUACAAUUUCAGAAUUACCAACCCAGUGUCGGAACGUUCACCGAAUUUGGGAGGGGAAGAUCUAGAGCUGGGACAAGUACAGUAGUGAGUUGUGGGGAAAGGUUUGAGAUGUCUCUUCACCUUGUAUGUUUUGUUCCCCCAAUGUAGGUCAUGUAAUAAUACUCUAGAGAGUAGUUUCAUUCAAAUGUUGUCUUAUUUCUGUGCAUAUGUAUGCAUAAUUCAUGAAAUGACAUAGGGGGCAAAUUCCCCUGAGACGUUCAAGAAUUGGGAAACAAAGCAGGCAAGCUAAAGAGGUCUAUUUUCUAGUGAAAGCACUCAGUGCCGGAUCCACACCUCGAUAUAAGUGGGCGGGGGCUGGUCAUCCAGAUGCUUAGAUAAGGGGAGGGGAGGGGGGCAGUCUCCAGAAAAAUGUUUUUUGGCCCUUUGGGCCCCCGUUUGGUCUAAACAUACCGCGAGGCCCAGGCCCCUCCCCUGGGACUUCUAGCAGGAAUUAUGGGUUUUCAAAGUCACAUAGCAUGAUCUCAUGUGAGAUAGUUCUUGAAAUUGUUUCCCUCCUGCACUCCAGGAGAGCUUCCUUGCAGGCUAUAAGACUCACAACAGUUAAGCUUAUGAGACUUGGCAAGCCUGACAAAUCGCAUUUAAUGCUUCAAAAAUUUAACUUUUAUGACAUCAUUACUUUAGAAGUAUAGCCACAACAUAUGUACUUUCACGCCACUGCAAUGUGUUUCACAGCGCUCUUUGUCAUUUUUUCUCAAAUGGUAGAAGCUUUCCAAUAUACAGACUAAGUAGGGGCAUUAGUUUUAGGCAACAUUACGGUAAAAUGAAACUAAAAUUGCACCCUUCAGAAUCACUAAAAGUCAAAUUUCAAACUCUGCGUUCACAAGUAAAGCGCGCGAUCAGAGAAAGCAGGGACAAGUUCUUUGAGUCUGCUAACAUCGAGUUCAAGAUCAAUCCCAAACGUCUCUGGUCAGUAUUAAAAACUCGCUCAAAGUCGUGAAACAUACCACAAAGUGUCUCCAUGGCAACUGGUAACCUACGUGCAACCACUGACACCCCAGAAGAAAUCGCUCUGUUCCUCAAGAGGACCAAGUAGAUAACGGCGCAGGGAAAUUCCCUGCCGCAGAACCCUCCUUUAGCGAUAUUGUGUUGCAAGUCUGCGAAGUUGAGGCUGUCCUAAGAUCACUAGACCCAAACAAAGCCACUGGUCCAGACGAGAUCCCGGCUAGAAUCCUAAAGGAAACCGCCACUACUAUUGCUCCAUCACUAUGCAAGCUGUUCAACAGGUCUCUGGGGAAGGAUACAUACUGUCUGAGUGGAAAUUGGCCAAUGUAGUGCCUGUCUAUAAGAAGGAUGAAACAGAUCAUGUUGAAAACUAUAGGCCUAUCUCCCUACUUUGCAUUAUUUCUAAAGUCCUCAAACGUUGUGUCUUGAACCGCAUCCAUGACCGAUUAGAAGAUCUGUCAGCACGGGUUCCAGAGUGGACGUUCAUGUGUCACAAAUCUACUAGAGAUCCUAGAUUACAUUGGUGCUAUUCUUGAUAGAGCUGGUCAAGUAGAUUGUGUGUAUUUAGACAUGUCCAAAGCCUUUGAUAAGGUUAGACAUGACCUCCUUAUGGAAAAACUGCGGGAUGCUGGCUUCAGAGGGAACCUGCUCACAUGGUUUCACGCGUAUCUCUGUGGUAGGCGCCAACGUGUCACGGUACUAGGUGCGACAUCACGUGACCUACCCGUCACCUCUGGAGUCCCACAGGGAUCAAUACCCGGAUCUGCUCUCUUCUUGUUAUAUGUGAACAACCUUCCAGAUUCUAUCCUCAAUAGCAAAGUGGCAAUGUUUGCAGAUGACACUAAAGUAUACAAGGUAGUGAUUUCUGAGGAUGAUGGCGCCGCUCUCCAACAAGAUCUGGAUAAUCUGUCUUCAUGGUCCGCUGCCUCUGGCCUAGCCUUCAAUGAUAAGAAAUGCAAGCUUCAGACCAUUAGGAGGAAGCGCAAGCCCAUCUGUAUGAGCUACGAGGUUAACGGCAGUACCAUCAAGUCCUGUGAGGUAGAGCGUGACCUUGGCAUCUCCUUGGACUGUGACUUGACUUGGCACGCCCAAGUCUCUCACCAAGCUGCACAUGCAAAUAAGUUGUUAGGUUUCGUUAGGAGGAACUCUAGGUUUAUUCACAGUCAUAGGCGUACGGAAAAUUUUUUGCCAGGGGGGGCGGUAAACCAUUUGCCCAAAAAAAUCUCCUAAGUUGCCCAAAUUUUUACGAAAGAGUCGAAAAGAAAUGAGGGCCAUAUUGCAACAACAUAGGCCGUCCUGGCAUAUGAAGGUGGCUCGAUACAGGUUUUCAGGGUCAAUACCAAGUCUGAGCAUAAACUACGUCGCCAUAAACAAACAUUUGGAAAAACUGCGAUCACAGUGGUAUUAAGAUGAAAAUUUGGCAUUAUCAGGGUUGCAGUGACAUCGGAGUUGUCGUAGCAACGAAAUGACUCCAUUACCUAUUUUUUCUCGGUACGGGAACCUUACAAAAUCGUUCACAGGAGCUUUUUUCUCCAAUAUGGUCGCCUCGAUGUUCGUGAAGUUUAAGCAAAACCUUAAGAGCGUUAUCGAGAUAUUUUGCAAUGAUUUUUCAUUAUUAGAAAUACGGUAGGAAAAAGAAAAUCUUGAUUUUUGGCCAUUAUCUGUAGAAAACGAAGUGCCUUUGUCCUGCAAUUUCACCUCAUAGUAGCUUUAAUCUUUUUAAAAACUUGUGUGAAAGAUCGUGGAGGUAGCUCUGCUUGACUGCUAGAAUGGAAAGAAGGAUUUGAUUAGUAUGUAUCGAGACACUCUUGUUAGCGGUUUUGUAAACAUUUUUGUCUACUUUAACAAAUCAGCGGAUAAUUUUAAACCGCUCGAUAGAUUUUUUAAAAGAAUUAAGAUUCUUCUCGUAAUUCAAACUGAGAAUUAGUCAGCCACUUCUUCAUGUUCAUACAGUUUUCAGUCGAAAUCGCGCGGAAACGCUUGCUAUGCAGGCAAUACCCAUUGCUAAAUGCUAUCUGCCAUACACUGUUCGAGUGGAGAUGAUUCUAGAAAGUUAUGCGAAAGUUUAUUUUAAUCAAUUCUCGACUGGAAAUAGCCCAUUCCAGCUAGUGCAGUGCAGUAUAGUGCCCAUCAAAAAAAAAAACUGCAAAUAUGUAAAUUACUCAUCACAUGCUAAGCAACCACUGUAAUGUAACUGGAUUAUUACGCCUACUUCAGGUUAAUAUUCAGCUCUUUAAAAUAAUUAAAUGAACGUGGAGACUUCCUUUAAAAACUGGCUUUGCCCAAAUUUCCUCUCGCUGCCCAAAAAAUCUGAGUUGCCCAAACUUUGGGGGGGCUGCAGCCCCCCUCGCCCCCCGGCCCGUACGCCUAUGUUCACAGUACUUCCGUAAGGCGCACAUUAUACCUCGGGCUAGUUCGUGGUCAUCUUGGCUAUGCAACCCAGGUCUGGGCACCCCAAGGCAUUGAACUAAUUUCUAAACUCGAAAGUAUCCAAAGACGUGUCACCAAAUUCAUUCUUUGCUUGCCUUUUUUAACAAAUAUCUCUUACAAAGAAAGACUAAUGUCUGUAAGCCUACUUCCUGUGUGCUACUGGCACGAGUUACUAGAUCUAGUAUACUUUUACAAGGCUACGCAUAACAUGAUUCACUUAGAUCCGUCUUUUGUUCCCCUCGUGCGUGAAUGCGCGCGAAGGACCUGUAUAUCUGUGAUGAGCUCUCAAUCUUUUGUGCCUAAAAAAUGCAGGACUUCUACCUUUCAGAAAUCUUUUUUCAUUAGAACCACUAGAAUCUGGAACCUGCUUAUUACUAGACUUGACCUAGAUAAUGUUACUUUUGAGAACUUUAAAUCUGUUCUUUACGGUUAUUACUCGCGGGCUCUAGCAAUAAACUAUGACCCGGACUCUCCAAGGAGCUUCAAAAGUAUUUGCCUGAAAUGUAACACAGCCAGGUUUUUAGACCAGGAAAUUAGCUGCUGCAUGUGAUUUAAAUUGCUACUUCUAUAUCUUUUUAUUUUGUGGGUCCGCAGUAAUUGGCUUUAGCUGUUGCGGUGUCCCUGCCCUAAUAUUUUGUUUGCAUAUCUACAGUGUUGUCUUUUUUUUGCAUUCUUCAGGGCAAAGCUAAUAAAAUAAAAUAAAUAAAAUAAAAUAAAAUAAUUUUUAUUUAUUUUUUCACAGUUCAAGAUGAAGAUCCUGAGAGUCAAAAUAAUCAAGCCAAGAGGCUGCAAGGACUUAAAAACAGUUUAAAGAGACACAACAUAAAUUUAGAGAUUGGGUACUCAUCAACCCUUCAUGACCGUGAAAUCCGGUUCAACAAUGGUUGGGUGAUUAAAAUCGGCCGUGGCCUUGAUUACUUUAAAGCACCUCCUGGGAAAUUCUGCAUUGGAUUUUGUGACUUUAACUUGCGAGAAUGCCACGAAACUGUGAUUGAUAUUUAUCUAAAGAAAAGAUGAAUAAUAACCACACAAAUGUAUUUCACGUAUAAUAAUUUAUAGCCAUUUCGGAGUUGCGUACGGAACUGGGGCGAGUUUCAAAUUUCAACUAAUCAAUAAACUGACACCAUCAUAGAAAAGGUUAUGUUGAGAUUGGUCAUUUGGCCAAGUAUAUAAACUCUUUAAAAUUUUUCAGUUUUUCUUUUAAACUGUGAAAUUCGUAAUGCUUCUACUACUUGGAAGGAACUGAUUCGAAAAUCACUGUGUUUGCCCAUUUUUAGGAAUAUCACAGAAAUCGUGAAAAAAAUUAAGAGUUUAUAUGGUUUUGGGGGAUGCUGUCACAAAACUACAGAGGUUUGUAUGGCUCUUAACCAUAUUUCAAGAGUCAUAACUUGAUCCCUGUUCAACCUUAGAGCACCAAACUUGGUUAAAUGACCCAUCUCAACAUGACCUUUUAUGUGGUGGUGUCAGUUUAUCGAUUAGUUGAAAUUUGAAACUCACCCCAGUUCCCUACGCAACUCUGAAAUGGCCAAUAAUGCCACUGGAACCAUUGUCUGACGUUAGCUAUAGGGAUGACACAGGGUAUGAACUGGUAAUGGUUUCCUUAAGUUUAACCAUUACACAGUUACAACAAAUAAGUAGUUUAAUGGUUGUUAUUAAUAGUUAUAAAAUAAUAUUGUAUUAACUUAUUUUUAGAUUUAUUUUAAGCAAGGCGAAAGUUGUAUGAAAUUUUGAUUUUUUUAGCCCCAAAAUAUAACUACACUGUAACUUAUUGUUAGGAAAUUGUGUGCAUACGAUAUACUGUUGGAGAAAUAGCUCUUUGUUCAUUUCAAAGCCAAGCCACAUAUAAAACAAACUUCUUUGCAAUGGAAGGAAAUUAUAUAUAGAGGAUAUUACACGGAGGCGCGAAGAUAUGAAUUUUAUUUUCGAGUGGCAAAUAAAAUUCAUAUCUUCAAGCCGCCGUGUAAUGUUCUUUUUAUUAUAUAGACCAAAUAACAUCGAUAAAAUAAUAGAGCUGAGGGAAAUUAACAAAAUAAGGUCAUCGAUAAACUCACGUGUGAGAUUAUGGAAAAUAAACCACUUGGGUCCCGGAUGUAGUUUUUAUGAAUUUUACGAGUGGUAUAUUUUCCAGUAAAACACUCGUGUCUAUAUAAUAAAAAAGCAUCUUGCUAACUAUCUGCAAGUGGCUCUUUGUUACACUUUUGAUUCCUUUUGUACUCAUCAUGAGCUUUUCUGAUUGGCUGUGAAUCCAGGAAAGAAAGAGACGUUUGGCAUCAUCAUUAUUUUCGCUAGUUGUAUCUGAUGUUGUCGAAAAAAGAAACCCUGAAAAUUAACAAAAAAGGACGAUUACAGAUACUCAAAGGUAUAUAUUCUGGUGAAGGAAAUUAAUUGGCACUAGAAACUGUUAGCAAGCUUUGACAUAAAGGCAGUGACGUUUCUAUAGGAAUAAUUUUUUUCCAUGGAGAUCAUAUUUUGUUCCAGGCUUUCAGAUAGAACUAAGGAGGCGUCACAAAUAAACAGAUAGGGGAGGGGGGACUGGGGAUGUUUUCAGGUUUGUGCGCCCCGUUGGCCUGCAUAGCAGGUGUCGAAAGGGGUAGGGAGGAAGGGAUAAAGGGAGGGGGAUUGGAGCUUUUCUCACUCCCCGCUUCCCCCUCCCCUUUCGGCCUGCCACUCAGGCUACACCCUUUUUUCCUUCGCUCCGCUCGCUGUACGUAUCUGAACGCCAAGUACAGGCUAAUCUUGUAUUUGAUUAGGGUUCUGGCAAGUACUGUUAUUUGUAUUGAUUACCAAUAGCAACUGGAC